CACCGGCCAUAUUGGGCUGUGGAAAUAAAGCAGCUCUAAUGUUAUAUGUCACCUGCAAAUAACCCGGGCGUUCGAAAAAAGCAAACCACCACAACCCACACCAACACCAAGCCCUCUCCACACACCCAACUCCUUCACAAUGAGCCCGGAUGCCUGGCUCCCUCAGCCUGUCCUGUGCCUCUCUGCCCUCAGCCUGCUGUUCUCGCUGGUGCCCACAGGGCUGGGAAUGGAGGUGAUGGCUCCCCCCAUCAUCAACGCCAUGAACGGCAGCUCUGUAAAGCUCUCCUGCACCUUCAACUCCUGCUACAAGGUGGAGAACAAGCAGUUCUCCCUCAACUGGACGUACCAGGCGUGCAUGAACUGCUCUGAGGAGCUGUUCCUUCAGUUCCGGAUGAAGAUCAUGAACAAGCAGCUGGAGCGCUUUGGGAACCGGGUGGAGUUCACUGGGAACCCCACCAAGAACGACGUGUCCUUCACCCUCAACAACGUGCAGCUGGAGGACGAGGGCACCUACAACUGCUACGUCCUCAAUCCCCCGGACCGGCAGCGGGGCCACGCCAGCAUCAGCCUGAAGGUGCUCACCGAAGAACCCCCAAAGCGUGAUUCGACGGUGGCUGUCAUCGUGGGUGCCUCCGUGGGUGGCUUCCUGGCCGUGGUCAUCCUGGUGCUGAUGGUGGUGAAGUGCGUGCGUCGGAAAAAGCAGCAGAGGCUGAACACGGAUGAUCAGAAAACGGAGGAGGAAGGAAAGACGGACGGCGAAGGCAACCCGGAGGAGGGCACCAAUGGUGGGGAGAAGGAGCAGCGCGUGCCGGGAUGGAGCGGCGCAGCCAUCAACCCGAGCCCAGGACCCAGAACUGCCCUCCCCGGCUCCUGAGGGGCCCUGCACAACUCGUACUGCCACGGCCACGCACUGCCAGCCCGUGGGGCCCCGCGGUGCCACCCCCAAAACCCACAGUCCAACUCCUGCCCUGCUUGCAGCUCCCUCUGGGAGCCUUUGGGCAAAUCCUUGCCCUGUGCAUCCAGGUCCUUGCAGGGUAGCGGUGCCAGCAGAGACAGCAAGCAUUGCAUUCCCUGCUGCACCGUGUCCUGCUGUCCCUUGUCCUGCUGUGGCCAGGACGUGCCCUGCUCUGCCCCAUUCACCCCUGGGCUCAGCCCGCUGCCUGCACCCACACGCACAGCUGCAUCGCUUUGCUGCUCCAUUGUGAGCAGUUUUUGGGGCCAACUCCAGCUGUGAGCUCACAGCCAGCCCCACACCUGCCUUCAUCUCACUCAUGCACUGUCCUUGGAUUGCAACUUGCCAAUGCAUCUGUCUGUACAUAGCUGUAAACAACGGAGAGUCUACAAAUAUAUAUAUAAAUCUAUAUAUAUAUAUGGGAGGUGCUGCUAUUGGCCAUAGCUGUACUUUGGGUUUGCGCCUUCCAAUGUUUGUUUUGUUUUUCUUUUUGCCAAACAUUCUGCUGGUGGUGUUUUCGCCAAAGCCUGACUGGAGGAUGUUUUUAUUGCUCUUUGUACAGUUAAACAAACAGAGGAACAACAAAAUGCAA